AUGACUGGCGUUGGCGAGAACCAGCUUAUCUCAAUCCAACCCGAUGAGCUCAAAUUUCUUUUUGAACUCGAGAAGCAAAGCUACUGUGACCUUAAAGUCGCCAAUAAAACAGAGCACUAUGUUGCUUUCAAGGUGAAGACAACAUCGCCGAAGAAGUAUUUCGUAAGACCCAACACUGGUGUCAUACAGCCAUGGGACUCGUGCAUAAUUAGAGUUACUCUACAAGCGCAAAGGGAAUUUCCUCCGGAUAUGCAGUGCAAAGACAAGUUUCUCCUUCAAAGUACCAUUGUACCUCCUCACACUGAUGUGGAUGAACUUCCACAAGACACAUUUACCAAGGACAGUGGGAAAACAUUAACAGAGUGUAAGCUCAAGGUCUCUUAUAUCUCCCCGUCUACACCCCAAAGGUCCUCUGAAUCUGGAGCAACCAAUGGCGAUGGAAAUGGCUCCGAAACCAUCUCUACUAUACAGCGGCUGAAGGAAGAGCGAGAUGCAGCUGUUAAGCAAACACAACAGCUACAACAUGAAUUGGAGGUGGUGAGACGAAGAAACCAGAGGAACAGCGGAAAUGGGUUAUCCUUAAAGUUGGCAGCUUUGGUUGGACUCAUCGGACUCAUCAUCGGUUUUAUCCUAAAACUCACAUUAGCUUCCCCCACAUAA